UUCAAUUCAUUUUCUUUUGAUCUUUCGUUCUCUAUUCAGGAAAAUAGCCUAGAAGAGCUAUCUCAACUAGAAAGAAAGAAAGAAAGAAAGAAAGAUUUUGCUUCGAAAACUAUGUGCCAGCCGUAUUCCAACUUUGCGAUACACCUGCAUCCACAUACCUCUAUCUUCCGGCUUCGCCGAGCAUAAGACAAAAAGAAAUAACAUUCGGCACCUCCAUCUAAUAAUCCACCAAAGAGCGAAACUUGUGUAUCCAGUAGGUAUAGGGUAUAUUUGCUGUCGCGACUACUGUCGGGACUUUCUUUUUCCUCUUCGUUAAUUGCGCUUUAAAAAAAAAAAAAUUUUUCCUCCAGUGUGCAGUCAUGUAAACGUUCCGGGUGGUCUCAUUGCAAGUCGGUCUUUCCCGAAGGCGGUCUCAACUCGACGCUCUCGGAAAAGAUGUUGAAUAACACUCUGUUGAAAGCUCUACUGCUGGUUUUUUUCACGGCACUAGGGAGCGAGGUCUUCUGUUGCAAGCCGUUUGAAGCAGCGCGGGGAAAAAGGCUUUUGCGGCUUAAAGCCAACUUCAUAAAGAUACAAAAUAAGUGCAGAAGACAAAUCGUCGCCACAAUGAAACUCCUCACGCGGGACGAUCUUAAAAAGCUUGUCGAAGCUUUCUGCAACGCACACAAUGACUGUAUGAAGUCGACAGCAGAAGAGAGUGCAGUAGAGCUACUAGACUGCUGGUCUACCGCAGCCAGGAAUGAGACUGGGCCCUUCCACGCUUCCGGUGCUCCUCACGUCUUUCACCAGGCCUUAGGUGAUACUUUCGCGUGCCUUCGGAACACCGACCUCAUGAAGCUAUCAUUGCAAGCGAUCGACGACCUAACUUCAUUCGGGAUAGAGUACGUCGAUGUCAUUGGUUAGUCGUGUAAGCUUGGAUGCCAGCGACGUCUACACAAAUGUUCUUCCAGGAAAUAAAUGCCGUACACGUGAGUGGUGUCACUUUACCGUUGAAAUUUUUCCGACUUUCCUUAGCCUUCAUCGACCAUGUAUACGCUAGUUCUGGUCACAUCACUGAGUCUGGGUGCGGCUAGUUAGGUUACGCUAGGUGGUAGGAAAGACACCUCGAAACGCCGAGUGCUCUUCUGUUGUGUAUAGAGCGAUACAGUUAUGAUGAUGCAAGAUUGAUCCAGUUACCAUGUGUCUCGGGAAAAUCACCCUUCACCUCACCAUUCGCGGCAACUACUCGCCUCCGCCCUUUCUCCGGUGUUCCCGCUUCCUCUUUAAUGUCGCUAUGUAAAAUUCGCUGUACUACAACCUGGUUUUUACCGCA